AUGAAGCUCCCAGCACUUCUCAUCCUCUGCCUGGGCCUCCAGGCAGAGCUCAGCACUGCUGUCAUCCCAGUGGAGGAGGAGGAUCCAGCCUUCUGGAACAGGCAGGCAGCUUCAGCCAUUGAGGCCUCCUUCAAGCUGCAGCCCAGAGUAACCGAAGCCAAAAACCUCAUCAUCUUCCUCGGGGAUGGAUUCGGGGUCCCCUCCAUCACGGCCACCCGCAUUCUAAACGGGCAGCAGCAGGGGAAGUUGGGCCCUGAGACCCCCCUCGCCCUGGAUUCUUUCCCCUAUGUGGCUCUCUCCAAGACAUACAGUGUGGACCGGAUUGUCCCUGACAGCGCAUCCACAUCCACAGCCUACCUCUGCGGCGUGAAGGGCAACUACCACACAGCAGGAGUGAGUGCAGCCGCUCGCCUCUCUCAGUGCAACACCACAGCAGGCAAUGAGGUGGUCUCAGUGCUGGAGCGAGCACGCAAAGCCGGGAAGGCAGUGGGCAUAGUGACAACAUCACGGGUACAGCACGCAUCACCGUCGGGGGCCUAUGCCCAUGUGGUGGACCGCAACUGGUACGCGGAUGUCAGCAUACCCGAGGAGGCCCGUCUCCAGGGCUGCAAGGACAUCGCCUGGCAGCUGGUCCACAAUGUCGACAUCAAUGUGAUCAUGGGGGGUGGUCGGAUAUACAUGACCCCCGCAGGGACGCCAGACCCUGAAUAUCCCACCUAUGAAACAGAGAAUGGGAUACGGGAAGAUGGAAAAAACCUCAUCAACAUGUGGCGGGAGGCACGGCCGGGUGCCCGCUAUGUCUGGAACAGGACAGAGAUGCUGGCUGCUGCUGCUGACCCCAACGUGACUUAUUUGAUGGGUCUCUUUGAACCCAUGGAUAUGAAGUAUGACCUGGUGCGUAACACCACCCUGGACCCGUCACUCACUGAGAUGACAGAGGCAGCCAUCACCAUCCUGAGCAGAAACCCCAAAGGCUUCUUCCUGUUUGUGGAAGGUGGCAGGAUCGACCAUGGCCACCACGAAGGUGCAGCCCAGAAGGCACUGACAGAUGGGAUUGCAUUUGAUCAGGCCAUUGACCGGGCGGGCAUCCUGACAGACGAGGAGGACACCCUCACCGUGGUCACUGCUGACCAUUCACACGUCUUCAGCUUUGGUGGCUACACCCUGCGUGGCUCCUCCAUCUUAGGUCUGGCUCCAGACAAAGCUGCUGACAAUAAGAGCUACACGUCCAUCCUCUAUGGGAAUGGGCCAGGCUACCUGGGUGCUGUUCGGCCCAACGUGAAUGAAUCCACAGCCAAUGAAUUCGACUACGUGCAGCAGGCAGCUGUGCCCCUCAAGUCAGAGUCCCAUGGUGGUGAGGAUGUGGCCAUUCUGGCCAAGGGCCCCAUGGCCCACCUCUUCCAUGGGGUGCAGGAGCAGACCUACGUGGCCCAUGCCAUGGCUUACGCUGCCUGCCUCGAGCCCUAUGUCGACUGCCACCAGCGGAACUCUGCCACUGCAGCCUGCACCACCCUCCUGGCCCUGCUCAUCCCCACCCUCUUCCUGUUCCUCUUCCACUGA